AUGGAGGCAUUCAUGGUAUCUUUUGAACGUCAGAAAGAUGCGAAGUUCUGUAUGUAUCGAGAAAACAUCCCGAAUUUUGAAUCGACUUUAAGCUCAAUAACCAAAUCAACGAAUAGCAUUAAAAUCCUGCUUGAAGACAUAUCAAAUGUUCAGAAAGUGAUAACAGAUCCAUGUGAACAAUCUUGUUCAAGUUGCUCACCAAACGUUUUGAACAAGUUCCUUGGAAUUGAAGAAAAACUUGUCAAUAAUGUUGAAAUCCCUGAUUCCGUGCCUCAAAAGUCAACAAGGCCGUGUCUGGACGACGAAAAAGAAGGAAGCUCUGUCGUCCAGCCGCCCGAAAGCGGGAAUCGGCACGUACAACUCAUUUCUGAGCAAGAAUUCAAGAGUAUUCCGAAAUAUCAGCUUGGCCGGCUAACAUUGGAUAAUUUGAACGAAAUCGUCGGAAAAAUGGAUGAAUUCCUAACAAAAAAGAACGCAAUUCUUGGGAAAACGAACAAGCAAAUCACAAGACAAGACAGAGAAGUUUUGGAUAACUGGAGAGAACUGGAGAUAAAAGCAAAAGGUCGUCUCCCAACUACGUUAUUCUUCAUAGAAAACGACAUUCGUCCCUUGCUAACUGAGCGUCUUCGGCUGUCCUUCGCAAAAGCUAUUCCAUGCUUACGCCAUAUUCGAAGAGUACGAGAGGAAAGAUGCGGGCCGCUCACAUUUUACUAUGCAUAA